ACCCUGAAGCGUUUUUUUGCUGGUUUCAGAAAUGCUAACCUACCAGCAGCUGCGUGGUUUGUAGCAAUGGCUAUGCUUUACAUAAAAUGCAAAAUAGGAUGAGUUUAAGCCAUUCGAAGUCCAUUACUUUGUUGUUUGUGUUUAUAUUGGUGCUGUUCUUCACUCGGUUUGCUUUUUUAAUUUGAGAACGAGCAUAUAAAUUAUUUAAAAGUAGGCUACAUGUUAACUCAGGUCAGUUGAGUUAGGAAUUAGGUUAAUCUGCGACCUUUAAACACAGGAGCUGAAUAUCUCUGAAGUAUCUGUAUUGGAGGGGAUUUUAUUCAUUUGAGAAAAUGUCAGUCGAGCAAAUGUGUUGUGUUGUCACUGUUUCUGAGAGCAGCUGUGAUGAGAAGCAGCAGCCGGCUGGAAAUCCACUGAGCUGCAGUGGAGUGGUGUUAAACUAUCAGUCUGGACUUGUGCUCUGCAGUGGGCUGCUGCUUUCUCGUUUCCUACUAGAUAAAGACUGUAUAAGCCAAAACCCCAAUAUAUUAAGUGCUCACAAAUUUAGUAACAAAAUUCAAAUUUACAUAGAUCAUGUAGAUGGAAAGGUGAACCAGUUCCCAAGCAAGAGAUCCAUAAUGAAUGGGUGUCCAACAUGCCAUAAACCUGCUGAGCUGCUCAUGAUGAUCAACUGUGUGGAGUUCCAGAUGGCUUUGCAAAAACUGUUUACUGACUCUGAACAGUGGAAAUUUACUGAUUGUGAUGAGGACAAUGAAAUUCUCUACGACUCGAAUUUCUUGAGUUGGUUUGCACUUCUGCAAAUGACCCCAGAUACCCAGGUUGAUCCUGUGCCUUGGAUAAAGAGUACAGCGCUUGCAAAGGGAUGUUCUGUCCUGGCAUGUGGAUCUCCGUUUGGUUCUUUCUGUCCUGAUCUGUUCAUGAGCACACUGAGCAAAGGCAUCGUGAGCAACCUGGCUGGAGAGGAGAAUGCACUGAUUUUGACAGAUGCCCGCUGUCUGCCUGGCACUCAGGGAGGAGGUCUCUUUGUGAGUGAUGGAGACAUAUCGUAUCUUGUGGGCUUAAUCACUUCACCACUGUGUUGGAAGUCCAGUGAAUGGAUUGGUCUGACUUUAGUGUGUUCUCUGCAUUUAAUUUUGAAAAACAUAUUAGAGGCUGUAACCUCUUAUCAGUCGCUGAGAGAGAUAUCAGCACACUCGUUCACUGAUAUCCCUCAUGUCCCAGCUGAUGCACACCAAAAGUCAGAAAAUGGAAAAUACCCCGUGGUGGUGGUGGUUGAAUGUGGAGAAGUUUGGGGUUCUGGAAUUGUUAUAAAUCCCCAUUUAGUGUUAACUUGCAGACAUGUUGUGAAUGGGAGACAAUUUGUUAAAGUCACAAUCAACACUAGUCAAAGACCUCAGACUGUGAGUAGCAGAGUGCUGUAUUCUACAAAGCAAUCUUCUCCUUAUGAUAUUGCUGUUGUGCAGCUUCAGGAGCCUUUCUCACAUGUCCUGGUGCCACAGUUAACCACCAGUUUUUUGCCUGGUGAGGAUGUGCUUGUGCUGGGUUAUGGAGCUUUAGGGAAAACCUGUGGCCCCUCACUGACUUCAGGGAUACUCUCCAGGGUCGUUCACCUGCAAAACAAGCCUGUGAUGCUGCAGACAACCUGUGCAGUGAAUUGCGGAGCCAGUGGUGGGGCUGUUGUCCGUGCCAAAACGGGAGAGUUGUUAGGUAUUGUGUCCAGUAAUACAAGAGACUUUGCAGCCAAAGUUACAUAUCCCCAUUUAAACUUCAGCAUCCCAGUUUCUGUGUUGGAGCCUCUUCUGAGUCGCUUUGCACAGACACAAGACCCUGCUGUCUUUCAGGAAUUGGACAGCGCAGAGGUUGAGGUUAGAAGAGUGUGGAGACUUCAGAUUCCUCAAAGUAAGCUGUGAAUAUACGUAUGUCAGAUAGAAAAUGUGUGAUGUUACCGUGUGCAUACUAUUGCAUUCGACAUUCCCACAAUGGCAUUAACAAACAGACUGUUCCACUUUUAAUUGCUGAACGUUCAGUGUACUGGAAGAAUAGAAAGAAAAGGAAAAUGGAUUUUAAGGUAAUUGGUUGCUGGUUAUUUUGUCUUUCAGUGAACAGAUCUAAAAGAUUUAAUUCUCUGUGGACAUCAAAUGUAAUUACAAUUGAUUAGUACGAAGACUAAUAUAAGUAAUUGUUUAUACGAAAAUAAAAAAAUCUAUUUUGGUUUUAUCAAUUCAUAAAAUGAAUUUUACUAUAUUGCAGGGUUUUGAUGAUACUUUUAAAGGAUUUUUUUUACUUAAGUCACUGAAGCUACUUUUUAUUCUGUUGUUUUGCCAUGUCUUGUGGCCAACCAUGUGAUUAGUGCUUUAUUACAACUAUGGCAAAUUUUGAAUUCUUUCUGAAAAUAUAACUACUUGUUCUGUGUAAAGUGGGCCAACAUUAAGCCAGCCAUGAAAUAGAUGUCAUUUGAAGAAUUGAAAAUGGGAAUGCCCUUAAGUGGUGUGAAUCUUCAUGCAUAUUGUUGUCAGUAUUACUUAUGCUUAGGAGACUAUCAAACACUCUGAAACUCAGUAAAUCUGGGGAAAGGAGAGUCUGAUGAGAAAACAAAUAAAGCCUGAAGCAGUUGUUCUCAGACUGCAGACACAAAUCAUGGACUACUGCUGCUGCUUUCACAAUUUCUCCUGGCCACAGCUCAUCCUAUGAACUGUUCAUUAACUUGACUGUAACAAAGUCUUUCACUUCUAACAUGUUUCAGCUUUACAUUGUAAUUGUGCCUCAUUAAAAGUUAAUUUUUUUUA